GGCUUCUCUUAGGGACCCGGCACUCGUCGCCCUCAGUCCGGCUCAGCUGGGGCUGGGCGCCGUGGGUCUGGCGGUGCCGUAGCGGUCCCAGCGUCUGUCCCGCCGGCCGGGCGGUAGCGGCACAGCCGCGGGAAGGUGUCGGAGGGCGGUUCCGCCGCGCGGCGGGCGCGCCGCCCACAUGGCGGCCAUCAGGGCGCUGCAACAGUGGUGCCGGCAGCAGUGCGAGGGCUACCGCGACGUGAAUAUCUGCAACAUGACCACGUCGUUCCGCGACGGCCUGGCCUUCUGCGCCAUCCUGCACCGCCACCGGCCCGACCUCAUCCCCCCAUCCUGGCCUCGGUUUCUCUGUUUGGGCAAGAUGACCUCUGAGGCCCUCCAGCCCCUCCCUUCGUGGACUCUGAGCCGCUUUGGACAUCAUGUUUUUAUCUUCCAGAAACUUCAAUGCUCUCAAGAAGGAAAAUAUUUAUGAAAACAAUAAACUGGCCUUCCGCGUGGCCGAGGAGCACUUGGGCAUCCCAGCCUUGCUGGAUGCCGAGGACAUGGUGGCCCUGAAGGUGCCUGACCGGCUGAGCAUCCUGACCUACGUGUCCCAGUAUUACAACUACUUCCACGGCCGCUCCCCCAUUGGGGGCAUGGCAGGCGUGAAGAGGGCCUCGGAGGACUCUGAGGAGGAGCCGUCAGGGAAGAAGGCUCCAGUCCAGGCGGCCAAGCUGCCCUCGCCCGUCCCAGCCCGGAAGUCUCCACUAUCUCCAGCCCAGACAAACCCUGUGGUCCAGAGGAGGAAUGAGGGUGCAGGGGUCCCGCCCCCCAAGACUGACCAGGCAUUGGCGGGCAGCUUGGUCAGCAGCACCUGCGGGGUCUGCGGCAAGCACGUGCACCUGGUACAGCGGCACCUGGCCGAUGGGAGACUCUACCACCGGAGCUGCUUCAGGUGUAAGCAGUGCUCCUGCACGCUGCACUCGGGGGCCUACAGGGCCACAGGAGAGCCGGGCACCUUCGUCUGCACCAGCCACCUCCCCGCAGCCGCCUCUGCAAGCCCCAAGUUGACGGGUCUGGUCCCCCGACAGCCAGGGGCCAUGGGUGUGGAUUCCAGGACCUCCUGUUCCCCACAGAAGGCCCAGGAGGCAAACAAGGCCAGGCCGUCGGCCUGGGAGCCUGCUGCGGGCAACUCGCCUGCCAGGGCUUCCGUUCCAGCUGCACCCAACCCUGCAGCCACCAGCGCCACGUCCGUCCACGUGAGGAGCCCAGCCAGGCCCUCUGAGAGCCGCCUGGCCCCCACUCCCACGGAGGGGAAAGUCCGCCCUCGUGUGACCAAUAGCUCCCCGAUGGGCUGGUCGUCAGCUGCCCCGUGCACAGCAGCGGCUGCCUCCCAUCCCGCUGUGCCCCCGAGUGCCCCAGACCCUCGCCCGGCCACACCCCAGGGCGGGGGAGCCCCCCGAGUGGCAGCUCCUCAAACCACGCUCAGUUCAAGCUCCACAUCUGCAGCCACAGUGGACCCCCCAGCCUGGACCCCGUCCGCCUCCAGGACCCAGCAGGCCCGGAAUAAGUUUUUCCAAACAUCAGCAGUGCCCCCCAGCACCAGCCUUGCUGGCAGAGGUCCCACCCCGUCACUUGCUCUAUCCAAGGACAGCAGCAAGGAGCAGGCGCGGAACUUCCUCAAGCAGGCCCUCUCAGCGCUGGAAGAGGCUGGCACUCCGGCGCCUGGCAGGCCUUCCCCAGCCACUGCCCCUGUUCCCAGUUCUCAGCCCAAAACUGAAGCAGCACAAGCAAGUCCCUUAGCCAAGCCGUUGCAGUCCUCGUCUCCCCGGGCGCUUGGCCUCCCUUCGAGGAUGGAACCGCCAGCCCCCCUGAGCACGAGCAGUACCUCUCAGGCAUCCGUGUUGCCCCCGGCAGGCAGGAGGAACUUGGCUGAAUCCUCAGGGGUCGGCAGGGUGGGUGCUGGCUCCAGGCCGAAGCCAGAGGCCCCGAAGGCAAAGGGUAAAAGCACCACCUUAACGCAGGACAUGAGCGCCAGCCCCCAGGAAGGCCAGGAGGAUGGGCCGGCAGGAUGGAGAGCGAAUCUGAAGCCCGUGGACAGGAGAAGCCCAGCUGAGAGGACUCUGAAGCCCAAGGAACCACAGGCCCUGGCAGAGCCGAGGGCGGGGGAGGCCCCCAGGAAGGUCUCAGGCAGCUUUGCUGGGAGUGUCCACAUCACCCUGACCCCCGUGAGGCCUGACAGGACCCCACGCCCAGGCAGCCCAGGACCCAGCCUCCCAGCCAGGUCCCCCUCCCCACCCCGCCGCAGGAGACUGGCCGUCCCUGCCAGCCUCGACGUUUCUGACAACUGGCUUCGGCCGGAGCCCCCUGGCCAGGAAGCCCGAGUGCAGAGCUGGAAGGAGGAGGAGAAGAAACCCCACCUUCAGGGCAAACCAGGGAGACCCUUGUCCCCGGCCAAUGUCCCUGCUCUGCCUGGCGAGACGGUGACCUCCCCAGUCAGGCUGCACCCCGACUACCUCUCCCCGGAGGAGAUACAGAGGCAGCUGCAGGACAUCGAGAGGCGGCUGGACGCCCUGGAGCUCCGUGGCGUGGAGCUGGAGAAGCGACUGCGGGCGGCCGAGGGAGAUGACGCUGAGGAUAGCCUCAUGGUGGACUGGUUCUGGCUCAUUCACGAGAAGCAGCUUCUGCUGAGACAGGAGUCAGAGCUGAUGUACAAGUCCAAGGCCCAGCGUCUGGAGGAGCAGCAGCUGGACAUCGAGGGCGAGCUGCGCCGGCUCAUGGCCAAGCCCGAGGCUCUGAAGUCACUGCAGGAGCGGCGGCGGGAGCAGGAGCUGCUGGAGCGGUACGUGAGCACCGUGAACGACCGCAGUGACAUCGUGGACUCGCUGGACGAGGACCGGCUCCGGGAACAAGAGGAGGAUCAGAUGCUGCGGGACAUGAUUGAGAAGCCUCCAGAGGAAGAAGUCCAAGUUCGGCUUGUCCAAGAUCUGGUCACCAAAAAGCAAAAGCAAAAGCAGCCCCUCCCAGUAGUAGCCAGUAGGGCCGUGGGCUCGGCCCGGACCUGGCAUCCGGACUUGGACUCGGGGCCAUGGGCUUGGCCCGGACCCGGAACCCGGACUUGGACUCGGGGCCAUGGGCUCGGCCCGGACCCGGCAUUCGGACUUGGACUCGGGAAGGGCCUCCUGUCCCUACAAGGGGCAUGUGGACAGCAGGGACCUGCGCUACCGUCUGUGGUCUCAAUAAAGAAACCGACCACAUGGCCCCGGCCUCCUACGUGCCUCCGUGUUUGCCUCGGUGCCCCUGGGCGGCCCCCCACCUGCCUGGGGUCUCGCCUGCCUCCCAGCUCUUGCCUGCAGGACGGACGUGCUCUGUGGCCUCGGGCAGGAGCCGACCCUCUCAGGGCCUGGCCCUCGAAGGUGGGCCCUUUCAUAGCUUCCUGGCACAGAUGGGCUGGUGGGAGCCUCAGAGGAGACGUCGGUACAGGCUGGAGACUUUGGGUGCUGGGUCGCCAUGUAUCCGUGGCCUGAGAGCUGUGACCUCGUUCUCCCAGGACUGGGGCUGGGAUGGGGGAUUGUGAGCAGUGGCCCCUGGUCAGGGAGACUUCCUGGUGGCCAGGGCAG